AUGGAGAGAAGAGCUUUGGCUUUGAGGGAGAUGAUCAAGAAGCAUCGUCCUAAGACAGAGAAUUUGGACCCUCGAAAGUGGAUGAGACAGGAGACUGUGAGGGGCUUUGCUGACUUUAUACUGAACAAGGACUCUGACAAAGAAACCGACAACAGCUUUGACAACAAAGAGAUGUUGUUGGAUGCAGAGAAGCAGUUUAUGGAAGCAGCUAAGAGCAAUGAUGUGGAGACCAUGAAGACUCUUGGAAAAGGGCUGAAUAUCAAUGCAAAGAAUGUGGAUAACAGGACUGCCCUUCACUAUGCAGUAGCUGGCAAAAACAAGGAAGCUGUGCAGCUUCUUCUGCAGCGGAGGGUCAAGGUGGACCAAAAAGACAAGUACGGUGUGGCACCCAUUCAUUUGGCUGCCUGGUUUGGCAGCUUGGAGAUCCUGAAAUUAUUAGUGCAGGCUGGGGCUGAACAGAAGGUUGAGAACACGCAAGGACUGAACAUCAUGCACUGUGCUGCUAUUAACAACCACACUGAAAUUAUAGAGUAUAUAAUGAAUGACCUGCAGAUGAAAGAACUCGACAAAGAUGACCAGUCAGGACACCGGGCAUUUGCAUUGGCAGCAGAGCACGGGUGUGUUGAAAUGAUGGAUAUGCUGACUAGGCCAUACAACAUGGACACCAUGAAGCCCAACAAGCGCGGGGAAACGCCCCUGCACUUAGCUGCCAGGAACGGCCACUUGGAUGCCGUCCAAUCGCUGCUGCAGAGCUUUGAUACUCAGGAUGAAGUCAAUAUGGAUGGCGAGACAGCUCUGUACCAGGCUGCUGACAACGGUCAGGAAGCAUGUGUCCUGACCCUGCUGGAGGCUGGCUGUGACCCCAACAUUCUUACAACACACCUAGAGGCUCCUAUCCACCUGGCAGUGAAGAACAGUCACAUCCCUGUCAUCCAUUCUCUACUGAAGGCUGGCUGCAACAUUAAUGUCACCGAUAAGAGGUCCCAGACUGCUAUCCAUCUUGCUGCAGAGCUGGCUAGAAUUGACGUCGUGGAAAUGCUUCUUAAAUCCGGGCUGGAUCUGACACUCCGGGAUAGGCAGGGUAAGACGGCUCUGGGUGUGGCAGUCAGAGCAGACGAGGUGAUUAUUGUGGACAUGAUCAUCAAAGCAGAAAGAUACUACGCCUGGAGGAAGGCCAACACAGAACCUAAUGAGAGUGUUCACAGCGAGUAUGCGCUAACAUUUAAACUCGACCACCGCUAUGAGAACAAGCAGCUCCGCUCCAUGGCCUGGCGCCUGGCGUACGAGCUCCUGAAACCAGGAGACUGGAAAAGACUUGCAGAACACUGGGGCUUCACUAAGGAACAAGUGUCGGCCAUCGAGGAGCAGUGGACAGGUCAACACAGCUAUCAAGAGCAUGGGAACAGGAUGCUGCUGAUCUGGCUUCACGGGGAGGAGUUGGCUCAGAAGAGCCUUGCUAAAGAACUCUACGAGGGCCUCAUUCUCACAGGGAACAGGAAAGCUGCAGAUAAGAUUCGGAUGGAGGCAGAGAGUUCCAGCAGUAAGAGCUGCAGCAUUUCAUGA